UGUUUGGGCGACCUGAGGAUGAGGAGGAGGAUGAUGGUGACCCCUCGGGCUCAGGUGAGCCCGGGGCUCCACACUGAGUGCUAACCAUGCUGGGCCAGUCGGAGCCGACCUCCAGCACCCUGCAGCUGGUGGCCAACGACAUGACGGGCAUCAUGGAGAAGCUGGACACCCGGGAGCUCGACCUCGGGGACGGAGAGUACGACACGACGGACACCACCGCUCCAGAGGAGCGUUUGCCUUUCACUGCGAUCUACCACACGGUGGGCUUCAAGGAGAGCCAGGCCAGAGUCUUCCUGUCGUCUCCCAUCACCGCCAAGAUCCUGGAGGUGGAGCGCUUCACCUCGGCUCAGGACCGCUUCAACGUCACCACGCAGAGGAGCGUCAACAAGUCGAUGCCUGCUGUGUAUAAGAUCGAGAUGAAGCACGGGGAGUUCACGUGGCUGGUGAAGAGGAAGGAGAAGCACUUCAUGGAGCUGCAUCGAGAGCUGAGGACCUACAAGACCUUCAUGAGGCUGCCGCUGCCGUCGCGCAGCCACACGGUGAAGCGGCAGACGGCGACCAGGAGCGAGGUGAGGCAGAUGCCGAACCUGCCCCGAGGAGGAGGAGACGAGCUGGGCCGAGAGGAGCAGGUGUCCAGCCGGAGGAAACAACUGGAGGAUUACUUGAACAACCUGCUGAAGAUGCCGAUGUACCGGAACUACCACGCCACGAUGGAGUUCAUUGAAGCAAGUCAGCUGUCCUUCAUCCACGACCUGGGACCGAAAGGCCUAGAAGGGAUGGUGCUGAAGCGAUCCGGCGGCCAUCGGAUCCCCGGCUUGAACUGCUGCGGUCGCAGCAAAAUGUGCUACCGCUGGUCCAAACGCUGGCUGGUGGUGAAGGACUCGUUCCUGCUGUACAUGAAGCCCGACUCCGGUGCCAUCUCCUUCGUGAUGCUGUUCGACAAGGAGUUCAGCAUCAAGAUGGACUCCAAAGACACGGAAACCAAACACGGCGUCCGCGUCGACAGCCUCAACAGGUCGCUGGUGCUGAAGUGCAGCAGCUACAGACACGCCCGGUGGUGGGGUCAGGCCAUCGAGGGCUUCGUCCAGAAGCACGGCUCGGCCUUCCUCAAAGACCACCGCUUCGGAUCCUUCGCCCGGCAGGAGGAGAAUAUCCCCGCCAAAUGGUAUGUGAACGGGAAGCUGUACAUGGAGGACGUGGCCGACGCUCUGGAGGAAGCCAAGGAGGAAAUCUUCAUCACGGACUGGUGGUUGAGUCCAGAGAUUUUCCUGAAGAGGCCGGUGGUCGAAGGAAACCGGUGGCGUCUGGACUGCAUCCUGAAACGCAAAGCGGUGAGCAGGAAACCUGUCAUUUUAGUCGCUGCCAUCCUGCGCUCGGCCUCAGACUGGUCGGCCGGCAUCAAGUACCACGAGGAGUCCAUCCACAACGCCUACGUGGAGGCCAUCAGGAACAGCCGCCACUUCGUCUACAUCGAGAACCAGUUCUUCAUCAGCUGUGCGGACAACAGACACGUCUUCAACAAGAUCGGAGACACGAUCGCAGAGCGCAUCAUCAGAGCGUACAGGGAGGGUAAAAAGUACCGAGUGUACGUGGUGACGCCGCUGCUGCCGGGCUUCGAAGGCGACAUCAACACCGGAGGAGGCAGCGCCAUCCAGGCCGUGAUGCACUUCAACUACCGGACCAUGAACCGAGGAGACCACUCCAUCAUCUCCCAGCUCAAGAGAGAAAUGGGCGACCAGUGGAUGAACUACAUCUCCAUCGCCGGCCUGAGGACUCACGCCGAGCUGGAGGGCCGGCUGGUCACCGAGCUCAUCUACGUCCACAGCAAGAUGCUCAUCGUGGACGACAACACCGUCAUCAUCGGCUCGGCCAACAUCAACGACCGCAGCAUGCUGGGGAAGAGAGACAGCGAGGUGGCCGUGAUCGUGGAGGACUCGGAGACGGUUGCCUCGGUGAUGGACGGGCAGCAGUACGAGGCGGGACGGUACGCUCUGGAGCUCCGCCUGGAGUGCUUCAGGACCAUCCUCGGCGCCCACACUGACCCCUCCAUCGACGUGUCGGAUCCGAUCAGCGAUCAGUUCUACAAGGAGGUCUGGAUGGCCACCUGCGCUCGCAACGCCACCAUCUACCAGAAGGUUUUCCGCUGUCUGCCGUCCAGCGACGUCCGUAACAUCCUGGAGCUGGAGGGCUACCUGGCCAAGCCGGGCCUGGACAAGGAGGACCUGCCGCGGGCUCACGAGGAGCUCAAGAAGAUCCGCGGCUUCCUGGUCCAGUUCCCUCUGCAGUUCCUGUGCGAGCAGAACCUGCUGCCUCCCAUCGGCUCCAAGGAGGCCAUGGUGCCGAUGGAGGUCUGGACCUGAGCGGGACGGACUCGUGGAAGCGCUCGUGUGUCGGUCAGGUGGCUGAACCUGGCGCCGUUCUGGAGGUCCGAGCUGCUGAACAGAACUGCACAGCUGAAGUUGUUUUCAUGUUUUUACUCUUUAACAAACGACUACGUUCACGUCUUUACUCGUAUCGUCACCAGUGACUCGCGGUCGCUCGUUAACCAGCAGCUGUGAGGUUUUUAGCCCUGAAUUUAGACUCCUGUCAAAUCACACGACGGCUGCAGUCCAGAUUUCUAGCACCUUAACGAGGGGCGCUAAUGAUUAACUGUUAAUCAAAUAAUAAGAAUUUAACAGACAAGACAGAAGGAUGAUGGAAGACAUGUUGUCGAUCAGCUGUAGUACCUGGUUGCGCCACCAGGUGGAGCCUCUUGCUGUUGAGUGAGCUCCAGGUGUGUUUGCUGCACCUCCCUGAUGUCUAACUGUGGCCGUCAUGUUAAUGAAAUCUGCAGAAUGAACGGUGUCUGGUGGUGGUCGGGUUUAGCUAGCAAGCUGAGGCUCAUGCUAACGAUGCUAAGCUAGGAUUAUCAGACAACAACGCACACUAGUGUAUAACUAACUUCCAGCAUAGUUGAAACUAUCGUGAUGGAGGGCAUCUAUGACUCUCUGAGUGUAAAUUAAACACUGACUUUACGGGUUCUUCACACUGCAGCUCGUCUGCUGCGUUCGAUACGUCAGAUUUUGUCGCUGACUUUAAAUUAAGUCGUUAUUUUUGGUUGUUUAAUCUAAAAUCCGUUAACCUGGAGUUUACUUUAUCUGCUCUUCUAGCUCCUGAUGUGACUGAACCGAUUCAGCAGCAAACGUUAUGCAUCAGCAGCUAGAAGCAGUUUUUACAGGAAAACGUCCACUUUAUCGACUUCAUCGCAUUUAUUUGAUCAAAAUCGUGUCACGCCGAGUUUUGUAGAACAGACGUGGAUCUGCUCUGUGAAACAGACGAGUGGCGGCUUCUGAAAUUACUUUAAAAAGCACAAGUUCAACGGAUUGUCUCGUAGCAGAGGGAGCGCUGCCUGUCAGGCUAAACUCAGGGCUGAAAACAUCACGUUACAGUAGAUAACCAGCAGGUUCUCUGAACGCCGUUCUGAUGGUAUUUACAGAAUCCUGCAAGACUGUUUGAAACAUCUGCAUGAACAACAAAACGUGGGGAAAAGUAGCUUUGAACCUGUUUUUGACUCACAAAUUGAUGAUUUUUUUUUUUAAUCAAACAGUCGACAAGAUAUUUUUUUACAUCAAGAUUCAGCAAAUAUCAUCAGGACGGUGGGAUCACUUCUGUUAUUGAUUAUUAAUGUUUGGCUCAGUAGACCAGCAGCUUGUUUUCUCCAACCAACAACUGAAGCUCCAACAUUUGCAGCCCUGUAAGACCAAGAACAAGUUUUUCUCUUCGUCUUGAAAAGCGAUAAUUUGAUUAAUUCCGACUAAUCAACCUUCAGUCAAUCAUCUCUCAGAGAAACCAGUGUUUAGCUGCUCCGUGACCUGAAGAUUCGAACUAGAAAACCCAACUCUGCCUCCACUUCUAGACUUGCUGCUGCAGUUCUGUUCUCGUCGGCUGUUUUCGAAGCAGCGUCGCCUCCAGAAGCGCUUUGCACACACGAGUGGACUAAAUGUACAAACGGGGGAAACGUGGAUGCUCCUUCCACUCCUACGAACACGGUGACGAACUCCACGGUGCCUGAAAAUCUGGGCGUCAUGUUUACAAAGAAGAAGAAGAAGUGGUGAAGGAAGUGACCCCCGCCGAGACCCCACGGCCUCCAACAACACUAUGCAACGUCCGAGGCCGGCGAACGCAGCUCUGACUCUCCUGAGAGAAGACACUAAAUACAUAAAAGCAGCCGAGGAUGAAGAGCAGCAUCGAUUCUUUUUCCUUUUUCUUCUUUUUUUAUUAUUAUCUCUCAUACCUCUGCUUUUAAUAUUUAUGUCAACCAGGAAAUCACAAGUGCCAAAGACUGACGUUAAAGCAGUUCAUCUACAUUCCUCAUACUGUGGAUUCUAAGCCUCAAGUGACCUGUCUUUGUUCUCUAACGUGGUCUUUGCAGUCCGCCAUGGAGCUCUAGUCCACAGGUUUCCUCUCAUUUCCUGGAUAGAACCACUUUAGUUUGAAAAAGAAUCAGUUUAUAUGCAAGAUCCACAUGUAAUAAACCGCAUAUUUGCCUUCAGACUGGCAGAAAAAAUAAUCAAAACUGUGCAAAAGUCGAGUUUUCUCCAGGAGUCUGUGAGAACAUUCAGAUGAAGCUUCUGGACGACAGAAGCCUCAGAUUCAUGCAUGAUGUGUUUAUUAAAAUGUUUAACACGACGUCAGAAAGAGGAAAUCCUCGCAGCUCGUAGAUAACAUCGGCGCUAUUUUGCACAUUUAAAGCUGCAUUUGGUGAUUUAUUUAUUUAUUUUUUGGCCACUAGGGGGCAGCAGAACAAGCAGAAAACGCAACAUCCCACUUUUUUUUGCUCCGUUUUUGGUCUCCACCAUCUCUGGAGCAAAAUAUCCGAAUCGUCAGCUGCUAAAUGUUCCACUAGUUCUACCAGCUAGUUGUUGUUUACAUCUGUUUGUUUACCAGAGAUUGUUUCUGCCAAGUUUAAAUGGAAAUAAGGUGAAUUAACGCAAAGCUGUCGCCUGUUUACGCAGCCAACAAAUACGGCGCAAUCAUGUUUUUGUUCCAGUGAAGACAUUUGGUUCCACUGAAUAUCAAAUCUAAUACGACAGAAUUAAUCAUUCAAACGUGUUUAUGACUUAAAAUACAGCAGAAAUUAGCUUGGCAGUCCUCGUCCCAGCAGCAGAAAUGCUAAAAUGUACAUUAAGAUUCUGUAAAAAAAACUCUAAUAUACAUUUAAGUUCUCUGAAGUUUGCUAGAAAUAUAUAAAUAUAGGUAGAAGUAAAUUCAAAUCUGUAUUUCAACAUAAACUAUUAAAAAAACAACAUUAGCGGUUGACCAACAUCCUUCAUUGUUGAUUGGCUGUUGCUCACGUCAUGUAACCAAUCAGAUGGCGCUGUGGGCGGGACGUUGUUUCAUAGCCAUAAACAAGUACUUUAACAUUUUCUAGAGAAAAAAAAAAUUGCAUCGACUAGCUACCGUGACGUCCAUAAAUCCAGUAUCUGUUCUCUUUUAGCUCCAUGUUUGGUCUCCUCCACCGGAUACCGAGAACAAAUCCUGGCUCUUUAGCUGACAGAAAAUAUCAAAUCAUUGAAGUUAAAGUUGCUAAAAUACUGUGUAGAGGUGGAAAACACGUAGUAGAAAUCAAUUAAUUGAGUUUUAGUUCUAUAUGAUCAUUAACCACGUUAAUUUAACAGCUCAUUGUUUAGCCGCCCAGAUUUAAACUUUACUGUUUUGGGUCUUGCUUAUUGAUCUUGUGUGGGGGGUUUUUCCACACAAAGGCAGCUGUUUCAGAGAAGAAGCCUUAUUACUGGCAGAAAGACACAGUUUUUAGCAGAAUUUAGCUCCUAAACAGUUUUAUGUUGUUGUUAGGAGGUGGUGGAGACCAAAAACGGAGCUAAAAGAGAGUAAAUACUGGCUUUAAAGUCACCAGAUGCACAGAAACACAACUUCACUGUGUGGAUAAUGUUGUUUAAUGUGUAAAUAAUCAACUCUUUGCUUUAUUUGAAAAACAAUGUGAGAAUUUUGAGUUUGUAGUUUGUUUCUGCUGCACCCAAAUGGUCAAAAACUGAACUAUUAGUGCAGGUUCAGGACAUUUACAGGAACGGAGAGCUAAUUAAAGUUUUAUUACCCCACUUGGUAAAGCAUUAGGAGCGAUGGCAUGUCUGUGUUUCACAUCAGAAUCUGUUUUCUGCUCCUGGGAAAGCAAAUGUUUGUGUCUGAAUUCCUGAUUUUCUGACAUGUCUCAAACGCAGCAUGGAUAUUCGACCGUGUCUUCCUCGUUUGUUGUCUGCAUGACGCUGUUUUGUGCUGUAAACUUUACCUUAAAAUACAUGAAAAUGGACUCGACAGACCUGCAGCUUGUUGCCAUUUGCAGAGAAAAGCAUGAAGCCUGCGGCGGUUUCCUUCAAAGCCAUCACUGAUGUUGAACAGCGUGCCUGUCCGCCACACCGACCUGAAGCUUGCUGUUCAUAUUUAUGGACAACGGGACAAACAUGUGCUUGUGCUUCUUUCUACUCGUCCUCUCUACCUCCCAGCGUUUCUACCUCCUGCUCCAGAGCUUCUCGGCGAUCGUUUACUUGCAGCUUUUCUCAAAUUGAACCAAAAUAAAUAAAGGUGGCACGGAGACAUUUUAAACUGCUCUUCUGUGCGAUAUCAGACUGUUUACGUCUAAAUCAGAGAGUAUGAAACGAUGCAAACCUGAACUGAAUUAACUGAAGCAAAAAGGUGGAUUCGGUUGAGCCGUUUCCUCGUUUUUGUUUUUUUUUCUUCUUUAAAUCUGGGCUGCAGAGGUUGGAAACGCUGACCUGUCCUGUCUUUUCUCUGCUCGCCUUGUAUCUCUAUGAAAAUGCACUAUUUUGCACAGACUGUAGUUUUCUGGUGGCGACUCUUUACCUUAAACUCGAUCUGCAGUACACGUCAUGUGUUGCUUUUGUGAAACGAUGAAUUAAAUAAAUGAGCUAUUAACAAGGAA